CAAUAAACGUUCGUUCGAGUUUCUGCAAUUCAAAAGUUUUGAUCAGACUCAGAGAUCGAAAUUCGAAAAUGGUGUUCCGGUUAAGCUCCGGAGAUGUUACGGCGUUUAAAUUACUGGUUUCUUUGGGGAUUUUAUACGGACUCAUGUCGAUCUUAGCAUACUCGAUCAUUCACAUGAAACACAUAAAGCCGCUGGGUUUUGACGCCCCUCCCGAUCGGUUUUCAGAAGCUAGAGCCGUCGAACACAUACGAGUGUUGUCCAAAGAAAUCGAUGGUCGUCAAGAAGGGCGUCCAGGUUUGAUGGAAGCUGCUCGGUACAUAAAAAUGCAGCUAGAGAUGAUAGCCGAGCGAGCUGGACCUAGUAUCCGAAUUGAGAUUGAGGAUUCAAAGAUAGCCGGCUCUUUCAACAUGCUUUUCUUGGGUCGUGGCAUAUCUCUGGCAUACAGGAAUCACACUAAUAUCAUUAUGAGGAUAUCAUCAACAGAUUCACAAGACACUGAUCCAUCAUUUUUAGUGAAUGGCCACUUUGAUAGCACCGUUGGCUCUCCUGGUGCUAGUGACUGUGCUUCAUGUGUGGCAUCAAUGAUUGAAGUAGCAAGACUCAUUGUUGAUUCUGGCUGGGUUCCUCCUCGGCCUAUUAUAUUUCUUUUCAAUGGUGGAGAAGAGCUUUUUCUCUUGGGUGCACAUGGCUUCGUGACGACACACAAAUGGAGUAAUACAGUUGGGGCUUUUAUAAAUGUUGAAGCAUCUGGGUCAGGGGGCCCUGAUUUGGUCUGCCAAUCUGGACCUGGGUCUUGGCCUUCUCUUGUCUAUGCACAAUCUGCAAUAUACCCGAUGGCACAUAGUACAGCACAGGAUAUUUUUCAUAUCAUUCCAGGAGAUACUGAUUACAGAAUUUUUGCUGAAGAUUAUGGCAAAAUUCCUGGGCUAGAUAUCAUCUUUCUCAUUGAUGGUUAUUUCUACCACACAUCCCAGGAUACAGUGGAAAGAAUAUUACCUGGUAGUAUGCAAGCACGUGGAGAGAAUUUAUUCAGCUUAAUUAAUGCCUUCUCGAGCUCUUCUAAACUGCAAAAAACCUAUGAAAGAGUACCUCUAUUGGAAACAAAUGGAAUUGAGGAUCAACGUGCUGUUUUCUUUGACUAUCUUACAUGGUUUCUGAUAUUUUAUUCAAGAAGGGCCUCUUUGGUGCUGCAUAGUCUCCCCAUUAUCGUUUUCUUUCUUGUGCCAUUCUUUUUGCGUUCACCGAUUAUUGGUUUGCGUUCUUGGUGCAUGACAUUUUGUGACUUCAUGAAAGGAAUGCUGUUCCACACCAUUGGUAUUAUUCUGGCAAUUAUUCUUCCGAUUGUCUUUGCCAUCAUGAGAUUACUUUUCUCUAGUUAUGCCAUGAGCUGGUUUGCUCACCCACAUUUGGCUUUUUUGAUGUUUGCCCCCUGCUCACUGGCUGGUUUGUUGAUCCCGGGAAUUGUAUGGAGACGCUUUUCCCUUUCUCAAAAAUCUUCUGUUCUCAAAAUACCAGAAGAGGCAUUAUAUGAUGAAGCGAGGUUCUGGGGAGCUUUCGGAUUAUAUGCUUUUAUUGCUUUGGCAUAUCUUGUAGCUGGCCUGAGUGGAGGCUUCUUGUCUUUUUUCUUAUCAGUUCUUAUGCUUAUUGCAUGGAUCUUCUUUUGCUUAUCAACCAAGUUUUUUGGUCCCCAGUCACUCAAGUCGGUGGUGGCUUAUGUGACACCUUUAGUACCAUACCUUACGUACUGUGUCUGCUUUUUUGGGUUUAUUAUUCAAUUCUUAAUUGAGAAGAUGGGUAUGAUGGGUUCCCUACCGCAUCCUUAUGGAUACUUCGUUCCUGAUGUUAUUGUGGCAGCAGUAGUGGGAGUUUCCACUGGUCUGUGCAUGGGCCCAGUAGUACCUGUUGCUGGUCGAUGGUUAGCCAGAUCAUCCAUCAUCCAAUUCUUGCUGCAUCUUAGUUUGCUUGCCUUGGCAAUCUCAUCCCAGUUCUUCCCAUACAGCAUGGCUGCACCAAAAAGAGUUGUUCUUCAGCAUACAAUCUGGACUGCAGAUGCAAGCCAGAUUGUGGAAUCCAGUUUUGAAUUUUCUGUUGUGGAUUCCAAUGCUUUACCUUUUCUUUUCAAAUAUGCACCUGAAGCAGCAAAGGAACUGCAGAUUGGUUCAGAAAUAUCUUUUGAAAACACUAGACACUCUCUGCAAAGCUCAUGGUUGGCAUCUUUCCCAGUAUCUUUGUUGUUUACAGGAAGCUUAAAAUUCCCAGCUAGAAGUGAUGAUAUCUUGAAGCAAUAUAGAUAUUUCCCUCAAUUGUCUUCUUAUAAUCAACCUACAUUUUCUAGCACGGGAUCUCGGAAAGUAUACUUGGAGCUUUUUUUAGGUUCUUUGGAGGAGGUUUGGGUUACAGUUCUCAACAUUACCGGUCCUUUGUCCAAUUGGUCAUUUGCUGACAAUUUGCUUCCAGCUCCUGUAAUUAUCCCUGGCGGUGCACCAUCAUACAUCUGUAGACUCAGUGGAAGUAGCUCUGACAACUGGACCUUCUGGCUAGAGGCAAACAGCUCUGAACCUUUAAGGGUGGAAGUAGCUGUCUUAGAACAGCAUUUGGUUGAAGCGUCAAGGAAAUUGAUAAGCCUUUUUCCAACCUGGGUGGAUGUCAUUGCUUAUUCAAGCUUUCUGUCUAGCUAUGUUUUCUGAUUCUAUGAUGGUUUGGUUUUACCCAUUCUUGCUCUUUCCUUGUAAUGAUAAAUAGAUACUGUGCAUAAUUCUGUAGUUCUUUCUGCCGGCAGUCAUGUUUUCAACAAGCUUAGAUCUAGGUUUGAAAUCUAC